GACCAGACUGUUUUAAUGAUGAAGUUCAACGAUACACAUCCAAGAAAGCUUUGUAUUGUCAAGGCAUUGGCAUUGCUAAAAAAGGUGUUCAAGUUGCACUGGAUAGUAAUACUAUGAAUGAGUUUAUUGGUCUAAUGCAUAUCUUUAUUAAAUCAAAAUCUAUUCAAGUUGACAACUCAUUAAGAUCGAAUAUUAUUGGAUUAAUAACAAAUCCUCAUGAUAUUUCACAUCAUGGUCAACCAAAGAAGCAGUUAUAUAACUCUUUAGAAAUUAUUAACAAAUCGAAUUUUCAUCAAAUUUUUAAAUCUAAUAAA